GGAAAGGCAGCUCCAGGCAGGAGGAAGGCUUUGGGGUGCAGCCAGGACGAUGGCCGAGCUGGACAUGGUCCCCCAUCUCCGGCGCAGCAACAGCAGCGUCUGCAAGACCCGGAGGCUACAGCACCUGUUUGGAAACAGCACAAAGGACCGAGGCAGGUGUCCAGACCCUUAUCCGCUGCACGGCUCUGUUCUCGAGCAAGAAAAUCUCAGCUCGUGGGUCCCGCAAAAUAUCAAGAAGAAGGAAUGCGUCUACUUCGUGGAGAGCUCCAAGCUGUCGGACGCCGGGAAGGUGGUGUGUGAGUGCGGAUACACACGCCAGCAACACUUGGAGGAGGCAACCAGGCCCCACACUUUGCAGGGAAAAGAUUGGGACCCCCAAAAACAUGUCCAGGAGAUGCCAACGGACGCCUUUGGUGACAUUGUUUUCAAGGGCCUGGGCCAGAAGGUGGGAAAGUACGUCCGCCUCUCCCAGGACACACCCCCCAGCGUGAUCUACCACCUCAUGACCCAGUACUGGGGCCUGGAUGUCCCCAACCUCCUCAUCUCGGUGACAGGUGGGGCCAAGGACUUCAACAUGAAGCCCAGGCUCAAGAGUGUGUUCCGAAGAGGCCUGGUCAAGGUGGCCCAGACCACAGGGGCCUGGAUUAUCACCGGAGGGUCCCACGCGGGCGUCAUGAAGCAGGUGGGCGAGGCGGUGCGGGACUUCACCCUGAGCAGCUGCCACGAUGAGGGAGACGUCGUCACUGUCGGAAUUGCCACGUGGGGCACCGUGCACAACCGAGAGGGCCUGAUCCAUCCCUCGGGCGGCUUUCCUGCGGAGUACAUCGUGGACGAGGAAGGCCAGGGGUGCCUGAGCUGCCUGGACAGUAACCACUCCCACUUCAUCCUUGUGGACGACGGGACCCACGGCCGCUACGGGGUCGAGAUCCCCCUGAGGACGAAGCUGGAGAAGUUCGUGUCGGAGCAGACAAAGGAAAGAGGAGGUGUGGCCAUCAAGAUCCCUGUCGUCUGUGUGGUGCUGGAAGGGGGGCCCGGCACCCUGCAUACCAUCUACAACGCCAUCACCACCGGCACGCCCUGUGUGGUCAUGGAGGGCUCGGGCCGCGUGGCCGACGUCGUCGCCCAGCUGGCCGGCCUGCCCAUACCCGAGGUCACCACCUCCAGGGUUCAGGAGAAGCUCAGCCUGUACUUCCAGGAGACGUUUGAGACCCUCAGUGAGGGCAGGAUUGUCGAGUGGACCAAAAAGAUUCAAGACAUCGUCCGGAGGCGACAGCUGCUGACCAUCUUCCGGGAAGGCAAGGACGGCCAGCAGGACGUGGACGUGGCCAUCCUGCAGGCCUUACUGAAAGCCUCUCGGAGCCACGACUACUUUGGCCACGAGAACUGGGACCAGCAGCUGAAGUUGGCCGUGGCAUGGAACCGCGUGGACAUCGCCCGGAGCGAGAUCUUCUCCGGCGAGCGGCAGUGGAAGCCCUCAGAGCUGUACCCCGUGAUGACGGCGGCCCUCAUCUCCAACAAGCCCGAGUUCGUGAAGCUCUUCCUGGAGAACGGCGUGCGGCUGAAGGAGUUCGUCACGUGGGACACCCUGCUCUCCCUGUACCAGCACCUGGACCCCUCCUGCCUGUUCCACAGCAAGCUGCAGAAGGUGCUGGCUGAGGAUCCCGAGCUGCCGGCCGGCGGGCCCACCGUCCCCCGCGUGCAGAUGCACCACGUGGCCCAGGUGCUCCGGGAGCUGCUGGGGGCCUUCACGCAGCCGCUGUACCCCCGGCCUCGGCCCGGCGACCGGCCCCGGCUCCUGCUCCCGGUGCCCAACAUGAAGCUCAGCAUGCAGGGAGUGAGCCUCCGGUCCCUCCACAAGCGCUCAUCAGGACAUGUGGCCUUCACCAUGGACCCGGUCCGUGAUCUUCUCAUUUGGGCCAUCGUCCAGAGUCGUCGGGAGCUGGCAGAAAUCAUCUGGGCCCAGAGCCAGGACUGCAUUGCGGCGGCCUUGGCCUGCAGCAAGUUGUUGAAGGAGAUGUCCAAGGAGGAGGAGGACACGGACAGCCUGGAGGAGAUGCUGGCGCUGGCCGACGAGUUUGAACACAGAGCCAUCGGGGUGUUCACCGAGUGCCACCGGAAGGACGAGGAAAGGGCACAGAAACUGCUCACCCGUGUGUCAGAGGCCUGGGGGAGGACCACCUGCCUGCAGCUGGCCCUGGAGGCCAAGGACAUGAAGUUCGUGUCUCACGGAGGCAUCCAGGCUUUUCUAACCAAGGUGUGGUGGGGCCAGCUCUGUGUGGACAACGGGCUCUGGCGGGUGAUCCUGUGUAUGCUGGCCUUCCCGCUGCUCUGCACCAGCUUCGUCUCCUUCAGGGAGAAGAAGCUGCAGGCCGGGAGGGGCAUGCUCCGGUUCCGCGCCUUCUUCAGCGCUCCCGUGGUCAUCUUCCACCUCAACAUCCUGUCCUACUUCGCCUUCCUGUGCCUCUUUGCCUACGUGCUCAUGGUGGACUUCCAGCCCGCACCCUCGUGGUGCGAGUGCCUCAUCUACUUCUGGCUCUUCUCUCUGGUGUGUGAGGAGCUGCGACAGCUCUUCUACGACCCCGAUGAGCUCGGGCUGUUGAAGGUGGCACUCCUGUACUUCAGCGACUUCUGGAACAAACUGGACGUCAGCGCCAUCUUGCUCUUCGUAGCAGGACUGACCUGCAGGCUCAUCCCCGGGCUGCUGUACCCGGGACGCAUCAUCCUGUCCCUGGACUUCAUCAUGUUCUGCCUCCGGCUGAUGCACAUUUUCACCGUCAGUAAGACGCUGGGGCCCAAGAUCAUCAUCGUGAAGCGGAUGAUGAAGGACGUCUUCUUCUUCCUCUUCCUAUUGGCGGUGUGGGUGGUGUCUUUUGGGGUGGCCAAGCAGGCCAUCCUCAUCCACAACGAGAGCCGAGUGGACUGGAUCUUCCGGGGGGUCGUCUACCAGUCGUACCUCACCAUCUUCGGGCAGAUGCCGGCUUACAUUGACGGUGUGAAUUUCAGCCUGGACCAGUGCAGCCCCAAUGGCACGGACCCCUACAAGCCCAAGUGUCCCGAGAGUGACGCCGCCCGGCGUGAGCCCGCCUUCCCCGAGUGGCUGACGGUCAUCCUGCUGUGUCUCUACCUGCUCUUAACCAACAUCCUGCUGCUGAACCUCCUCAUUGCCAUGUUCAACUACACGUUCCAGCAGGUCCAGGAGCACACGGACCAGAUCUGGAAGUUCCAGCGCCACGACCUGAUAGAGGAGUACCACGGCAGGCCGCCAGCACCGCCCCCCUUCAUCCUCCUCAGCCACCUGCACCUGUUUGUCAAGAGGAUGGUCCUGAAGGUGCCCGCCAAGAGGCACAGACAGCUCAAGAGCAAGCUGGAGAAGAACGAGGAGGCCGCCCUCCUGUCCUGGGAGAUCUACCUCAAGGAGAAUUACCUGCAGAACCAGCGGUACCAGCAGAAGCAGAGGCCGGAGCAGCAGAUUCAAGACAUCGGCGAGAAGGUCAACACCGUGGUGGACCUGCUGGAAAUGGAGGGUCGCAAGCGGUCCAGCUCCCUGGAGCAGAGGCUUGCCUCCCUGGAGGCGCAGGUGGCCCAGACGUCCAGAGCAUUGCACUGGGUCAUGAAGGCACUGAGGGACAGUGGCUUUGGCUCAGAGGAGGGCCUCCCCACUCUGGCACCCCAGAAGGCCUCAGAGGGGCAGGACAGUGAGCUGGAUGGCAGGCAGAAGGCGGAGGAUGUGGGUGACAGCCACCACGUGAAUGCCCGGCACCUCCUUUACCCUCACUCCCAUGUCACACGUUUCCCUGUGCCCAACGAGAAGGUGCCCUGGGAGACAGAGUUUCUCAUCUACGACCCGCCCUUUUACACGGACGACAGGAAGGACAACGGCUUGGUGGACCCUGUGGGAAACGCCCCGGAAGCCCUGGCCGGCAUCAGCUACAACGCCGUGGACGGGCCCACAGACCGGCGGAGCUUCCACGGGCUCUACGUGGUGCAGGACGGGCUCCCUCUGAACCCCAUGGGCCGCACAGGACUGCGUGGGCGAGGGAGCCUUUGUCGCUUUGGACCCAACCACACGCUGCAGCCCGUGAUCACGCGGUGGAGGCGGAACCAGGACGGAGCCAUCUGCAGGAAGGGCAUCAAGAAAAUGCUGGAAGUGCUGGUCGUGAGGCCCCCGCGCUCGGAGUCCUGGGCCCUGCCAGGGGGCUCCCGAGAACCGGGAGAGAUACUGCCCCGGAAGCUGAAGCAGGUCCUCCGAAGGGAGUUCUGGUCUUCCUUCCAGAACUUGCUGAUUCAGGGCACCGAGGUGUACAAGGGGUAUGUGGACGACCCAAGGAACACAGACAACGCCUGGAUAGAGACAGUGGCCCUCAGCAUCCACUUCCCAGACCAGAGCGACAUGGAUCUGAAGAGGCUGAACUCUCACCUGCACACCUGCGACCCCGGGAUGUCCGUCCAGUGGCAGGUCGUGGACAAGCGCAUCCCGCUGUAUGCCAACCACAAGACCAUCCUCCAGAAGGUGGCCGCUCUGUUUGGGGCUUUCUAUUGACCCGUGCACUCCAGCUGGGCCCCACCGCCAGGGGAGGGCGAGGCU